UAAUCUACUUUAUUUUCUUUCUACUGAAUAAUCAUAUUUUCCUUAUAAUUUUCCAAAAGACGUGUGACAACCUUCAUAAAGUCAUAAGCAUCCAUCUCAUCAGUUAGCUGUGUCAGAAUCCAUGGAGACUCCCUUAGUAGUUCUCUGCAUAUCCAGCUUGCUAAUCCUUUCAACUCAAGCUGUCUUAACCAAUAUAGCCCACAACUGUUCAAGAAAUUCUCUCUUUGCUCCAAACAGCACCUAUCAGGCCAAUCUCAAUCUGGUCCUCUCUUCCCUGUUGGAGAACUCUAGGAAUGAAGCAGGGUUUUACAACUCCACUGCCGGCCAAAACACGCCGGAAGCGGUUUAUGGUAGCUUUCUUUGCAGAGGAGAUCUCACUCCCAACAAUUGUGAAGAUUGUGUUAGAGAUGCUAGCAAAAGCAUCAUUAAGAGCUGCCCUUCACAAAAAACAUCGAUCAUUUGGUAUGACCAGUGCACGUUGCGUUACUCCAAUAUUAAUUUCUUCUCUAUCAUGGAAGUAAAACCUUCUAUGUCAGGCCAGAAUCGAGAAAAUAUUGAAGACCCAGAUCACUUUAUUCAGUUCUUGAAGGCUAAGUUUGAGUCUUUCGUUAGUCGGGUAGUUGCGCUUUAUGGAGCAUCAAAUACGACAAGGAAGUUUGUAACAGCAGACUCUACGUUCAAUAAGGCUAAGAUCUAUAGCUUUGCACAGUGUUCACCAGAUAUUUCUGCAGGAGACUGCGGAAAAUGUCUCCGGGAAGCUAUUGAAAGCCUUCCAAGUUGCUGUACGGGAAAAAUUGGGGGCAGGGUUUUGUUUCCUAGUUGUUCCAUCAGGUAUGAGGAGUAUGCCUUCUAUGCUACUACCAGCUCAUCAAAAUCAAAAGGUUCAUUGCGAACAAUUAUUGCAAUUGUUGUAUCGGUAACUUUUGUGGUGGUGGCUGUGGUGCUCUCUGGUCUAAUCUACUGGUUCCUUAAAAAGAAAAAAGGGAAGAAGCACUUCCACUUUGUAGAUGAAAGAAAUGUAGGAAGUGAAGUAUCAACCAUAGAGUUCUUGCACUUUGGAUUAAGUACCAUCGAAGCUGCGACAGAUCACUUCUUGGAUAAUAACCAGUUAGGAGAAGGAGGAUUUGGUGUUGUGUACAAGGGCAUACUUCCUAAUGGACAAACGAUAGCUGCAAAGAGACUAUCGAAAAGCUCGGGGCAAGGAGUUGAAGAAUUCAAGAAUGAGGCUGAAUCAGUGGCAAAGCUUCAGCAUAGAAAUCUUGUGCGACUACUGGGUCUAUGCUCCGAAAAAGAAGAAAAGAUACUAGUAUUUGAAUAUAUGCACAAUGGAAGCCUCGACCACCAUCUCUUUGAUGCUGAAAAAAAGGGACAAUUGGAUUGGCCAAGACGGUACAAGAUCAUCUUAGGGAUUGCUCGAGGGCUUCUUUACCUUCACGAAGAUUCUCGGCUUAGAGUUAUACAUCGUGAUCUAAAGGCCAGCAACGUAUUGCUUGAUGAAAACAUGAUCCCCAAAAUUUCAGACUUUGGCACUGCUCGAAUUUUCGGUGCAGAUGAGACUCUAGGAAACACAAAUAGAAUUGUUGGGACAUAUGGGUACAUGUCUCCAGAGUAUAUAAACUAUGGACAGAUAUCAGUAAAAUCCGAUGUUUUCAGUUUCGGUGUCCUAAUUCUAGAGAUUAUAACUGGUCGGAAGAACAGCCUCUCCUACGAGUCAAGCUGUGGUGAAGGCCUUCUCGGCAAUGCUUGGAGAAAUUGGAGAAGUGGAACACCCCUGCAAAUAAUGGAUCCAGCGUUGAGGGAUUCCUGUAUCGAACAAGAAGUGAUUAGAUGCAUUGACAUCGGGUUGCUGUGCGUUCAGGAAGAUAUGGAAGACAGACCCACCAUGGCUUCAGUAGUUGUCAUGCUUAACAGUGAUUCUGUCAGCCUGCAACUCCCCAAUCAACCUGCAUUCACCAGUUGUGGCAAAAAACAAUUGUCUUUGACAUCUUCCACCUGAUUAGGCAUCAGGUGGCCGCUUCACUUGCAGUAUUGCAUAUUCUUUCAUCAUAAGAUUGCUGUAUUUAUCAGUACUAGAGACUGAAAGUGGAUAGACAUUGGGCGUGCUUGGACUUACGGUUAAAGGUUUAAAAUUCUAUUUUGUAGCUGUUAUCAUUUCCCCCCUCUUUUAGUCUUUCCAAAUUAAGGGGCUUAAGGGAAUGAAAAUAAGUUUUACAUU